AUGGCACUUGAGAAACCAAUAGUCCGCUUUGCACGGCGGGAAGACGUACCGACCGUCCUGCAGCUGAUCUUCGAGCUCGCUGAAUACGAACACGAGGUCGACAGCGUGAAGGCUACAGAAGAAAAGCUUCUCCAGACAAUCGCAUUUGCUCCUUCUGUGGCCGAGGCCACCGCUGGCCACCAGGAGCCCACGGAACCCACGACUUCCAGCCGGCCAGCGCGUUGUCUACUGGUGGUCGCGCCUGACGGAGAUGUUGCAGGGCUUGCGCUGUACUAUUACAAUUACAGCACAUGGCACGCGCGCCCGGGAAUCUACCUCGAAGACCUGUUUGUGCGGCCGGCACACCGCAAGAAGGGCUACGGCCACGUGCUGCUCGAGACGCUAGCCAAGGAGGUCGUGGCCAUGGGUGGUGGGCGGCUGGAGUGGAGCGUGCUCAAGUGGAAUGCACCGAGCAUCAAGUUCUACGAGAGUCUCGGCGCCAAGACGAUGAGCGAGUGGUCGGUGAUGCGCGUGGACGGGGACAGCUUAUUGAAGCUGGCUGGUGACGGCAGCUGA